GAGGAUUCACACAUACCUGGCAACACCGCCGGUCGCUUUGUUAACGCCUCACUGAGCCAAGAUGGCAGAGUACGAAGAGCUCAGCGAUGAAGCGAAGGUCCGCAUUGUAGCUAAUUUUGUGAUGCAUGCUCCUCCAGGAGAGUUCAAUGAAGUCGUCAGUGAUGUGCGUAAACUGCUCAACAAUGAUAAUCUUCUCAGAGUGGGGGCGGCUCAUGCCUUUGCCCAGUACCACAUGGACCAGUUCACUGUUGCCGAAAUUGAUGGAUACGAUGAUCAGGUCCUGAUAACAGAGCAUGGAGACCUGGGCAAUGGCCGCUUCUUUGACCCUCACAACAAAAUCUCCUUCAAGUUUGACCACCUGAGAAACGAAGCCAGUGACCCCCAACCCUAUGAGGGCGAGGCAGCCCUCAGGUCAUGGAGAGACGCCUGUGAUUCUGCCCUGAGGACCUACGUCAAGGAGCACUACCCCACUGGAGUUUGCACCGUUUAUGGGAAAACAAUUGAUGGCCAGCAGACCAUUAUCGCUUGUAUCGAGGGUCAUCAAUUUGAAGCUAAAAACUUCUGGAACGGUCGCUACCGGUCUGAAUGGAAGUUCAAUAUCUCUCAAUCUAAAGCAAACUUGGUAGGAGUCAUCAAAAUACAGGUACAUUAUUAUGAAAACGGAAAUGUGCAGCUUGUCAGCCAUAAAGAUGUAAAUCAAGAACUGAAUGUGUCUAACGAAAUCCAGACUGCAAAGAGGCUCGUGACCAUGAUUCACGAGGCAGAGAAUGAAUACCAGUUUGCCAUAUGUGAGAACUACCAGACCAUGUUGGACACCACGUUCAAAGCCUUACGCAGGCAACUCCCGGUCACCCGCACCAAGAUUGACUGGAACAAGAUCCUCAGCUACAAGAUUGGCAAGGAGAUGCAGAAUGCUUAGAGGACAGAGGCUGUCGGGGUCACGACAAACAGAUCGAAGAGAAGCCGAUGCUCGUGCAAACCUGUGUGAUGCAACAUAACGUACUGUAUGUCCCUCUAGAAGAGACGUUUGUUUGGGGUUGACAGCUUCAGUAAUGCACUACGAGGGGAUGCCUUCAUUUUAAACUGACAUUGAGUGGUGCAUCUGUCACUCAUUUGCAAACAGGUUAUUUUUGAACAAAUAACGCCUUCAGUGACACUGUGAAAGUUAAAGUCAUUCCCUGCUACUCGAAUUCUCAGAGUCACAUGUUAAACACACCUAGUUUCUCAUCCCUCUGUGCUUCAAUUGACACACAUUCUCCCAAAACCCCUUGACUUUCAUGUAGCAACUCACUUUCGUUAAUGUAACGUAACUGAAUGAGCUUCCAAUACCUCUAUAGUUUUUUAUUAACAGACGGCAAAUAAUGUAUGCAAUUUGAUAUGCUAACUGACUGGAGAGACACUUGACAACAACUAAUGCAAUUUAUUUUUCAGUCUGAAGAUCCCAUCUGUUUAUAUUAAUGCGUCCCUCUGGGUGUAGGGUUGUAGCCAGCCGAUAUGCCAAAGCGUAUAUUUUUCUUUUCCCAUUCACAGACUGUGUUUUGUUUUCCUUUUUCUUUCACUUCUCUCUAUUGCAGAGAGAUAUUUUUGGUGAUAAUCCCUCUAUACUCCCCUGGACUGAUAAAGUAUUGGUGUCUUCCUGCCAGCUGUUUGCCUUUAGCUUUUGCUAUAUUUUUUUUAGACAAACUGUAAGUAUUAUUAUUAUUAUUAAUGAAAUAAAUAUAUGAUCUACAAGCGA